CGGACUGUUCGGGCAUGCGGCAUUUGUUUCCUUUCCUCAGUUCAGUUCAGUGGGAGCAUGAGCGCCGCCAGCACGCACUGAGGCGCCCGGCUCGGAGCAACGGAGGCGCGGAGCCCGGCACAGGGCCAGAGCAUGGGGUGAAAAGGACCAUCCUCUGCUGACCUCAAUGCAGAUGACCAGUGAUGGCCACAGCAUCACCUCGACAUUUGUUGGAUGACGUAAUAAACACAGGACAACAACAACAGGAACAACAGCAGCAGCAGGAAUUCCUGAGCUCGCUGGAGACUAUCGUUCUCACCAUCUUUCUCUCCAUUAUUAUCAUUAUGACAGUGUUUGGAAACCUGCUGGUCAUGGUGGCACUCUGCAAGGACAGACAUUUACGAAAGAAGAAGACAAACUACUUCAUUGUGUCGUUGGCAUUUGCUGACUUGCUAGUUGCGCUGGUGGUGAUGCCCUUUGCUGCGAUCGAGCUGACCACUGGCCACUGGCGGUACGGAGAGAUCUUCUGCCUGGUCCGAACGUCUCUGGACGUCUUGUUGACUACAGCAUCCAUCCUGCACCUCUGCUGCAUAGCACUGGACAGGUAUUAUGCUAUCUGCUGCCAGCCGCUGGUCUACAGGCACAAGAUGACCCCGAUUAGAGUGGCAGUGAUGCUCAGCGGCUGCUGGCUCAUCCCCACAUUCAUCUCCUUCCUACCCAUCAUGCAAAGCUGGAACGCCAUCGGCAUCGAGGACAUUAUCGAGGAGAGGCGAGCCUUGGCGGGAGGCUCCAAUGACACAAGCUGCGUGUUUCUGGUCAACCGGCCGUAUGCCCUGAUCUGUUCUGCGGUGGCCUUCUACGUCCCUUUAGCCCUCAUGGUCCUGGCCUAUCAGCGUAUCUACGUCACCGCCAUGACCCACGUGCGGCAGAUCGAGACACUACAGCGGGCCGGCUCCGCUCCUGUUACCGGGACAGUUCCAAUGAUCACAGUGAGGUCCUCCACUUCUUCAGAUCCACUGGAGCACUACCGCCUCAGGACAACAACAGGUUCCUCCUCAGAGCAUACUCCCAUAGCAAAUAGCCGCAUGCGCGUUGAGACUAAAGCAGCAAAGACGCUGGCAAUCAUAAUGGGUUGUUUCUGCCUAUGCUGGGCGCCAUUCUUCAUCACCAACGUGGUGGACCCCUUCAUCCAUUAUUCAGUGCCCUGGCAGCUGUGGACAGCCUGGCUGUGGCUCGGGUACAUUAACUCAGGGUUGAACCCUUUCCUGUACGCCUUUCUGAACCGGGCGUUUCGGAGGGCGUUUCUGGUGAUUCUCUGCUGUGGAGAUGAGCGGUACACACGGCAAGGGAGCUGCUCCUAUGGACCCGCCCACAGAGGGUGCUCGGCUGCGUCAGUCAACGGGACGUCUAUGGCACUGAGGUAAACACACAGUAAAGGCAGUCACAUUUGUACCAGUUUCUGUGAAUAUUUGCUCAGUUUUUUUAUUUAAUACAGUCAAGCCGAUGUAGCCUGUUGCGGUUCGAUUUCCAGUUGGGUUUGGCAAC